GUUUACAGUACAUGCAACGCCACACUACUCUUUGUCCAACCAUGAUAUCCAGCUAUGCCCAAAUCAUCAUUCUCUUUAUCUUCGUAUUACAAACCUCAGCACUAGCAAACAAUGUUACAGAUCAGCAAGCUCUGCUUUCGUUCAAGGCGGCAAUAAAAGCUGAUCCUUCGGGUGUGCUGAGGUCGUGGAACGAUUCUGUCCACUUUUGUCAGUGGACUGGCAUUACAUGCAGCCACAGACAUCAGAGAGUGACCGCGCUAAACCUCUACACCCUAGGCUUGGUGGGAACAUUGUCUCCUCAUAUCGGAAACCUCUCCUUUCUCAGGAGAAUUGACCUCAUGGAGAACAACUUUCAUGGCACAAUCCCUAAUGAUAUAGGCCGACUGUUUCGCCUUCAAGAUCUUACACUGGAAGUCAAUUCAUUUGAAGGUGGAUUUCCUAAUUUGAGUCAUUGUGCAGACAUGAGAAACCUCAGUCUUUAUGGCAACAAUCUCACAGGCAAACUUCCUACUGAGUUUGCUUCUUGGCCUAAACUCUAUAGGUUCGGUAUGGGGAAGAACAAUUUUACCGGAUCAAUUCCACAUUCAAUAGGGAAUCUAUCAAAUCUCCGUCAUCUUGAUCUAGGCUAUAACAAUCUAGCCGGGCCUGUACCUAUGGAAAUUGCUCAUCUCACAAACUUGCUGAUUAUCAGAUUGGCAAUAAACAGUUUGUCAGGUGUAAUUCCCCUCGAAUUUUACAAUAUUUCAUCCCUUUAUGUUGUUACGUUGGCCGUUAAUGAGCUAGAAGGAACGUUUCCAAAAGAUUUGGGGCUCACGCUUCCUAAUCUGGAACGAUUUUACCAGGGAGGGAACAGGUUUUCAGGUCAGCUUCCACCAUCAAUAGCUAAUGCAUCUAAGCUCAUUGAUUUUGAAACUGCGGAAAACAAUAUUACAGGGCCUAUACCAAACAAUUUGGGUAGCCUUUCAAAUCUCCAAUUACUAAGUCUGGGUUCAAAUCCACUUGGAGGCAGUAUGCGGCCUAAUGACUGGAGCUUCCUCGAUUCUUUGAGUAAUUGUACCCUUCUAAGAAAAUUGGGUUUAGAAAAUAGUAAUUUGAGGGGGGAGUUCCCGAAUUCCAUUGUCAAUCUCUCUACCACCCUGGAGGAACUGUAUCUGUCCGGAAACCAAAUAUACGGAAGCAUACCUCGUGAUAUUGGAAAACUUUAUAACCUGAGUAGCCUUUCAUUGUUUGACAACUUCAUAACAGGGACCAUUCCAGAAUCAAUUGCAGAGCUCUCAAAGUUGGAGGGACUGGAUUUGAAUAAAAACAGCAUUUCAGGAGUAAUUCCAGCUUCCAUUAGCAACAUUACUCAAUUAACAUUUCUUGCUUUAGAAAGUAACAUGCUUGAAGAAAGCAUACCUCCUGAACUCUUUAACAUCUCAACUCUGGAGAGAUUGUCCCUUGCCAACAACAGGCUUACUGGUGUAAUACCUGAGCAUAUUGCAUUUUCUUCAAUAUGUGUUUACCUUAAUUUGUCUCAAAAUCAAUUCACCGGACCCCUUACAUUUAGCGUAGGGAGCUUGAAACAUUUGGCCAUACUGGAUGUUUCAGACAACAAAUUUAGUGGAGAUAUACCUGCUGCUCUGGGUGAAUGUGUGAUGUUGGAGUUGCUAUAUUUGGAAGGAAAUCUUUUUCAAGGUAAAAUUCCACCUUCUUUUAAAGCUUUGAAGAAUCUUAUCAUUCUAGAUCUCUCAAGUAAUAAUUUAUCCGGGAAUAUUCCAAGAUUUUUCUACGGGUUUAAUCAUAUCCAAUACCUCAAUCUUUCGCAUAACAAACUGGGAGGAGAAGUUCCUGGUGAAGGAUGUUUUUCAAAUAUUAGUGCUUUUUCAGUUGCCGGAAAUUUAAAGCUUUGUGGAGGUAUUCAAGCACUACUUUUUCCAGUUUGUCCAGUAAACUUCUCAAAGAAUGAGAAAAAAAACAUUUUCCCUGAGACUGAUAUUACUUCUUGUUCUUGUACCUUUUGGCAUCUUGUCGGCAUGUCUUGCCUUAAUUUGUUAUAGACGUCGAAGCUCCCACAAGUUGAUUGACCCCGUCUCAGAUGUGAAGGAAAAACUAUAUCCCAAACUUUCGUACCAAGACAUUCUACUAGCUACAAAUGAGUUUCCCCAAAUAAUUUGCUUGGUGAAGGAAGAUAUGGUUCAGUUUACAGAGGAGUUUUCAAAUCAAUAGAACACAUAGUUGCUGUGAAGGUACUAAACGUUGACGUGCAUGGAGGAUGGAGCCAACAAGAGCUUCUUGGCAGAGUGUGAAACAUUGAGGAAUAUCCGUCAUCGAAAUCUUAUCAAGAUCAUCACAGCAUGCUCUAGCACUGAUUUUAAGGGCAACGAUUUCAAAGCACUGGUUUUUGAGUUCAUGUCUAAUGGAAGUUUGGAUAACUGGUUGCAUCCGAGCUAUCAAGGAGAUAACAGAAACUUGACUCUACUCGAGAGACUAAAUAUUUCCAUUGAUGUUGCACAGGGGAUAGAUUACUUGCAUCAUCACAGUCAUGCAAGUAUUAUUCAUUCUGACAAGUGAUGUCAAUCAAGCACAAACGAGUUCAACCGGUGGUGUACAUGGAACAAUCGGAUAUGUUCCUCCAGAGUAUGGAAUAUGUAAUCAGCUAUCUACAGAGGGAGAUGUAUAUAGUUAUGGUAUCCUUCUACUAGAAAUUUUUUCGGGGAAGCGUCCUACAGAAAGCAGCAUACAAAUAGACGGGGCUUGUAAUCUGCAAGACUACGUGAGGGAAGCACUCCCGAAAAGAGUGAUGGACGUUGCUCACCCACGGAUCGGGCUGGAUCAAGAUGAACAUGACUUGAUUGUAAAGCAAUCACACAGCAGGGAUGCCAUGCUGACAUGCCUAACAUCAAUAUUUGAAGUUGGGAUAUUAUGUUCAGAUGAGAAUCCACAAAAACGCAUUGACAUGGGUGUUGCUCUAAAGAAGUUACUUGUGGCUAGAGACCAACUUCUGCAGCAGUGAACUGAGUGAGACUGGCAAUCUCUAUAGUUAUAUAAAUAAAGGAAUCUGGAUCAGGGGCGGAACCAAGGGGGGCUAGCCCCGGCGCCAGCCCGGGCUGAGAAAAAAAUUAUAAGUAUAAUUUAUUUAUUUUUAGUUUUCUAGCCCGGGGACAAAUUUAAAAAUGAUUAUAUAUAUAAAAAAUAGCCCACUUAACAUGGUGGUUUACAUCGAGAAGGCCAUAUUUAAAAACAUAGACGAUGAAGUUAACCAACUAAAGUAUGCAUAUUUACUUUUAAUUUUUUUGCUGAAAUUUUAAUAAUAGUUUAGCCCGGGGUCAAAAUUAAUCCUGGUUCCGCCACUGAUCUGGAUCCCUAGUUAUAUCUUUUAAAUUGUGUUCGAUCUGUGUGUUACUUGAGUUGGAUUCUUGCUUAGUAUGUAACAAUUAUGUUUGCUGCUUAU